UAUAACAAAAAUAACAGAGGGAGAAAGCUUUAUCAUUAGAUGCAUUGUGUAUGGAAUACCUGCUCUACACUUCUUUGAUUCCUCAAAUGCUUCCAUCGAUUGGAUAUUUCAAACCAAUAACAGGGUUGUAAUUCUUGGCCAAUUUCCAAAAAGAUUUUAUCAACCAAAAUACGAAAUACAACCAGAUGAAUGGAAUAUAACGUCUGUCGAUAAUACUUUGCAGAAUGCCAUAAAUCUUACCAUUGUUAUUAAUGAGGUAACUGAAAGAGACAAAGGAAUUUACACAUGCGUGGUUUCCAUGGGGUCUGAGGUGGUUAGAAGAACCCUUAACCUAACAGAUGAAACUGCCAGCUCUUCUCUUGUGUUCAUUGACUACGCAGUACCGAGAGAAGAGGCAGAUAAGAGGUGUUCUUUCUAUGGUUUCAAGACCCUAGAUAAUAAGGCAACGGAACAUGAACUUAGUUCUAUCAUGCAGUCUAAUGAAACGGUAUGGACGUUAACUGUUGAAGACAAAUAUGUCGUUAUAAAACAUCGGCAAUGGCUUUCAAUCAGAGGCUGUCAUCAUAUAAAUCUGACACACAAUGGUGAACUGCACCACGACUGUAAUCUUGUAUUUGAUUCACCGGACAACAUGAUGAGUUCAUAUAUUGGAAUACAUAACACUUCCUGUUACGUAAUACCAGAGAAUAUAAAGGAAUUUGAGAAAAAACAGCUUCCAGAAUCGCUGUGUAAUUGGCGAUGUACUGAUGUGAUUGAGACUUCGUGUGGUGGAACAGAGGCAAUAUCACUCUACAAAGUCAUAGAUGUGACUUACAAAAAUUUUUCGGGGUUUAAACCAUCCCAUGAAGAACAAUGCAAUGCUUUGUAUCUACCUGAUGUUGAACUGCCUUAUCAAAGGAUAGCUUGCCAAAACACGUCAACGUGCUCAACUUUGUGUCUACAAAGUAUUAGAAACAAGACAGAUAAUAAAAUAAACGUUGUCGAGAAGUAUCGUGAUACUAGUUCGACUGAAUGGAUGAAGGCUUGGGAAUCGUGUGCUGAACAUAGUGCCAGUCUCCCUGACGAAAGGGGAAAUUUUUCGUAUAACUUUACUGAAUUUCUAUGUCUUGGAAUAAUCAAGAGUAGUCAACUGAUAUUCAAGGAUUCAAGUCAGGAUUUUGAAGAAGAUAUUCUUACCUUCCUACUUCCACUUCUCAGAUCAAAACGAUGA